AUGCAGUUCUUCACCAGCCUCACUGCCCUCUUCCUCGCCACCAUGGCCCUCGGCGCUGUCAUCGACACCCGUGCCGACGGCAGCGAUGCACUUAACGUCAACAAGGAAGUCGAGAACGUCACCUGCAGCCCCAAAGGCGGUGCCUGCGUCGAAGGCGCGCUUGGAUGCUGUGAAGGCUUGCAAUGUUUCAUUCCUCCCAGGAGCGGCUGGGAGCCUCAGGUGAGUCAGGCCAACAACCAGUCAACAGUCGUUACCGUUUUAGCAGAUAUGAAGGAAUGA